AUGAGCGGCGUUACUAAGAUCCUUGUACCAGAGUACAGUAAGAACUCCUUUGAGGUGGCCUGCGAUCAGGAGACUCAUGGCGGGGGAUGGACAAUAAUCUUAAGGCGAAUUGAUGGCAGCGAGGACUUCUUCCGUGAAUGGAAGGACUAUGAAGAGGGCUUUGGCAGAGCGGACGGUGAAUACUUCGUGGGAUUGGCCAAGCUGCAUGCAUUGACCUCUUCAGUUCGCCAGGAACUUCUGGUCAUCGUAGAGGACGAAGCAGGAGAACGCUACGAGAUCUACGACGAUUUCAGGAUCGGGGGAGCAUAUAACAAUUACACCUUGGAAUCGGUGGGAUCAUUUCCGGUACCGCCAGUGAAGCUCUGA